AUGUGGCUGUUUAUUGCAGUCCUGGUUUCAAUACAAGCACCUGUGAACUCAGCAGAUGCCAUCAAGCACAAAAAGGUUAUAAAUCCCGAGACCUCCAUGAACAUUAGCCAAAUGAUCAGCUACAGAGGGUACCCCAGUGAGGAGUAUGAAGUCCUGACACGUGACGGCUACUACGUCAGCCUAAACAGAAUUCCUCAUGGAAGAGAAAAUCCUAGGAACAGAGGGGCUAAGCCAGUCGUGUUUCUCCAGCAUGGGGUAUUCGGAGAAGGCAGCAACUGGGUGGAAAAUCUGGCUAACAACAGCCUUGGCUUCAUACUAGCAGACUCCGGCUAUGAUGUCUGGGUGGGAAACAGCCGAGGGACAAGCUGGUCCCAGAGACAUCAGCACCUUUCAGCUGACCAGGUUGAAUUCUGGGAUUUCAGCUUUCACGAAAUGGCAAUGUACGACCUCCCAGCCAUGAUCGACUUUGUUCUGCAGAGGACCGGGCAGCAGCAGAUCUAUUACAUUGGCUACUCCCAGGGCUGCACGAUUGCAUUUGUUGCGUUUUCAGCCAUGCCAGAACUGGCUCAGAAAAUCAAAAUGUUUUUUGCCCUGGCUCCAGUAGUGACAAUGAGACACAGCAAAAGUCCUGUGUUGAAAUCAUUCUUCCUUCUGGACAAGCAAAACAAGAUGCUUGAGAUUGUGCUUGGCAAAACGGAUGCCUCACUGCGGGUAAGGAAGCUGUGGAGGUUUCUCCCCGUGCUGUGCAGGCACCCGCUGCUGCGCAAGCCCUGCGCCAACCUCUUCUCUCUGCUGGGCGGCUGCAAUGAGAAGAACCUCAACAUGACGCGGCUGGAUGUGUACACCUCCCACUUUCCAGAUGGGACAUCUGUCAAAAAUGUGAUGCACUGGGCCCAGAUGGUGAAAUCAGGAGAAUUCAAAGCCUUUGACUAUGGCAGCAAAAACCCAGCCGUGUACCACCAGGAAACACCUCCCUUCUACCGAGUGGAGGAGAUGCCCGUGCCCACUGCAGUGUGGUCAGGGGGGGCAGACUGGGUGGCUGAUUUGAAGGAUGUCCGCCUGCUGCUGCCCCGCAUCACUCACCUCGUCACUUAUGGCCACCUCCCUGACUGGAACCACUGGGACUUCAUCUGGGGCUUGGACGCCCCUGGACGCCUCUACAGCAGCAUCCUGAAGAUGAUGGAGGUGUCCUGGUAG